CCGUCGGGGCCGCCGCCGUGCCGCCGUCUCUCCGCCGCCGCGCAGCCACGCAGUGCCGCACGCGCUCCGAGCUCGUCAAGGCCGUCGCCGUGGACGCCGCCGUCGUGAACUCCGCCGCUGUGGACUGCCUCGCCGUGGACUCCACCGCAGCACACCCUGCGUCCAGGAGGCCCACGAGGGCAUGAGGGCCGAUGAGAGCCGCAGUAGUGAAGUCCGUGCACUGAACUCUCCGGGGGCCUUGCCUGCCUCGCCGCGGGCCCCUGACGAGGCCACGGCCUGCCACGGCCCCUGGCCAGGCCUUGCGGCCGGCUCUUCCCCGUCAACGACAUGACCCCCUGGACGCUCGCCACCCUCGCCGUCGUCGCCGCCCUCCUCUGCACCACCCAUGCCGCGGAGACCAUCACAGGAGAGCGGCAGCCCUGCAACGAGGAGGGCGAGGCGGUGCACGUGGACAGCAUCAAGGACAUGCGCUGCUUCUCCUGCAUGUGCAAGAAUGGCUUCGUUGAGUGCCUGCAGGAGUCCUGCCCGGCCCAGCAGGGCUGCUACCUACUGCUCGCGACACCACGCGACUCCUGCUGCAACGUCUGCAAAGGUUGCGACUACCACGGCAAGAGCUACGCCAGCGGCUCCGAGUGGAAGGACCCGGCCAACCCGUGCCGGGUCUUCACGUGCAAGGCGGGGGUGGUGACCGAGUCCGAGGAGGUGUGCUACGUGCCGUGCCCCGCCCACCAGUCCCUGCCGCCGGCACCGUCGCAGUGCUGCCGCACCUGUCCGACGUGCCCGAUGAGCGACAAGGAGCGCGACCGGGACAGCCGGUCCGUGACGCUGGCGGAGGACCCUUGCGUCAACUGCCAGUGCCGGGGCGGCCGCCUGGCGUGCUCCAAGAAGGCCUGCCCCGUGCUCAACUGCCCGCCGACGCAGAUCGAGCAGUUGCCCGGCCAGUGCUGCCCCGUGUGCAAGGGAAGCCGGCGGCUGCUGUACGAGCCGCCGCUGGGCAGCUGCCUGCUGGGCCUGGAGAUCCGGCAGUCCGGGCGGCCCUUCCACGUGGACCGCUGCACGUCGUGCACGUGUGUCAACGGCACCUCGCUGUGCCGGCGGCCUUCCUGCCCCGCCCUGGACUGCCCGGCCGAGCUGCAAGUCACCGAGCCGGGCCAGUGCUGCUCCAGCUGCACGCCCGCCCUCGAGAGCAAGGCCGCCUGCACGCUCAGCGGACAGACCUACCAGGACGGGCAGCAGUGGCGGCUGGACCCCUGCAAGUGGUGCGUGUGCUCGGGCGGCGUGGCGCGCUGCACGGUGGAGCGCUGCCCGCAGCCCGCGCCGCAGUGCCCGCCGCACCAGCGGCUGCAGCAGGUGGACGGCGAGUGCUGCCCCAAGUGCGUGGACACGGACGGCGUCUGCGCCGUGUUCGGCGACCCGCACUACCGCACGUUCGACGGCAAGUUCUUCAGCUUCCAAGGCUCGUGCAAGUACCAGCUCGCCGCCGACUGCGUCAACCACAAGUUCUCCAUCCGCGUGACCAACGACGCGCGCGCCACCAAGACGUCGUCCUGGACCAAGACGGUGUCCAUCAAGGUCGGCGCCGUCAAGGUGAACCUGGGCCAGCAUCUCCGGGUCAAGGUGAACGGCGUCCGCAUCACACCCCCGUUCCGGCUGGCGGGCACCUCCGGGCAGGGCGCGCAGGGCGCGGACGCCGGCGUGGACGCCAACAGCGAGGUGACGGUGGAGAAGCGCGAGGACACGGUGCUCGUCACCACGGGGGUGGGCGUCAAGGUCACGUGGGACGGCAACUCGUUCCUGGAGGUGUCCGUGCCCACCACGUUCAAGGGCCAGCUCUGCGGGCUCUGCGGCAACUACAACUCGGUGGCCCGCGACGACCUGACGACGCGUCGCGGCCGCCUCGUCGCCGACGUGGAGCGCUUCGCGGCGUCGUGGCGCGUGGGCGGGCGGCACGCGUGCGCGCGUCCCGGCCUGCUGGGCCUCGGCGGCGGCGUGGGCCCCGGCAGGCCGCACCAGGCCGGCGACGCGCCGCCCGCGUGUCUGCGGCUCAGCAGCACGCGCCGCAUCCGCGACUACCGCCGAUGCAAGCCGCUCAUCGCGGAGGCCUUCUCGCCCUGCCACAAGAAGGUCAACGCCGAGAUGUACUUCAAGUCGUGCCUGCUGGACAUGUGCGAGUGCCCGUCGGGUCGCUGCUACUGCGAGGCGUUCACGGCGUACGCGUACGAGUGCCGGCGCGCGGGGGCGGCGCUGCUGGACUGGCGGGCGGCGACGGGGUGCGUGGCG